GGAGGACGCAGCGACAGCGGAGACGGCUGAGUGACAUUUUAGUACAGUUGUGUGUGUGUGUUGUGUAUUUUAUAAGUCGGUGAUGUGGAGGCCAUCGAGGAUUUCGGACAUGGAGACUGUGUGCCCUUUUGGAUUGGCUUUACGCUGUUAAAUUCUCAUGGAGGCGACGGGAGUUUAUUUUGAAAUGUAAAAAUCAAGCUACAGCUGGCUGCGACCCCCGUGAGUAAGAGGGCUUCUGAUGACUUCAAUAAGCAGACUAAAGUGCAGGAUCUGCUUGAACACAAAGAAAGAAAGAAAGAACCUAUGACGGUCAUUAUCAAGAACUAAGUUACCACUACCGCUUCAGCUCUGCAACUCGAAUUAUGUCAAAUCAAAUUUAUAAAGUCAUUGGGCAAAUGUCCUGCCAAGAGCAGGUUUGCCUCAAACGUCUCAUCCCUCAUCAUCCGUUAGAAGACACAAUGAUGGAGAUUGUUUGCAAAGUUGUUGCACAGAAGCCUCCCAGUUUCUAAUCCUGUGGAUAUAAUGUAACACGGCCAUUAAGCAUGACUUAAAAAAAAGCUCUCCCCUAACCCGCACAUGUUCAGGGAUGGAUCUCAUGAACCUUACAACUGUCAUUGACAACGGGUUUUUGGAUGAGGCUCCGUCGAGCCGCGUCCUGACUGGCUGUUUCCUCUCGCUGCUCAUCCUAACCACAUUGCUGGGGAACAUUCUUGUUUGUGCCGCCGUCACCAAGUUUCGGCAUCUACGAUCGAAAGUCACCAACUUUUUUGUGAUCUCGCUGGCCGUAUCGGACCUAUUGGUCGCCAUCUUGGUGAUGCCCUGGAAGGCAGUGACAGAGAUCGCCGGGUUCUGGCCCUUUGGCUCCUUUUGUGACAUCUGGGUUGCAUUUGACAUUAUGUGCUCCACGGCGUCCAUUUUGAACCUUUGCGUGAUAAGCCUGGACCGUUACUGGGCCAUCUCCAGCCCCUUCCGCUAUGAGAGGAAGAUGACACCCAGGAUGGCCUAUGUGAUGAUCAGUGUGGCCUGGACGCUAUCUCUACUAAUUUCCUUCAUCCCAGUGCAGCUCAACUGGCACAAGGCCCAAACUAAAUCUUACGCCCCUGACACAGAGUCUUAUUCAGGCUUUAAUGAUACAUCUUACCACAGCCCAGAGAACUGUGACUCCAGCCUGAACAGAACCUAUGCCAUAUCCACCUCCUUCAUAAGCUUUUACAUUCCCGUGGCCAUCAUGGUGGCCACCUACACCCAGAUAUACCGCAUUGCCCACAGACAAAUCAGGCGGAUCUCUGCCUUGGAGCGAGCGGCCGAAAGUGCCAAGAACAGACAUGACAGCAUGGGUGGAGGCUCCAGCAUGUCAGAGUCUGAGAGCUCUUUCAAGAUGACGUUCAAGAGGGAGACCAAAGUGCUAAAGACUCUGUCGGUGAUCAUGGGGGUAUUUGUGUGCUGCUGGCUCCCGUUCUUUAUACUCAACUGCAUGGUGCCCUUCUGUGAGCAGUCAAGCGGAGGGAAGGCUUUCCCCUGCAUCAGCCCCACCACGUUUGACGUGUUUGUGUGGUUCGGCUGGGCUAAUUCCUCCCUCAACCCCAUCAUCUAUGCCUUCAACGCAGAUUUCCGAAAGGCCUUCUCCAUCCUGCUGGGCUGCCAUAGACUGUAUCCAGGAAGCCACAACAUAGAGACGGUCAGUCUAAACAAGAAAUGACUCAUGACUCUCUCACAGCACUGACUCAUCCUUAAUGUUACGAGUCCUAGCGUUCCUAUGCAGGCCGGUCUGAUGGACUUCAAACGAGGACACUGCCCUUUGUGCUGACUCUGAGUGUGACUGAAGAACACAGCGAACCUAAAUUUACCCGUGUCUGAAUAAGGCGAGUGGCCGUCCAUGUGCCAACUGUCAGAGUGAGCUAGCCAUGCUCACCGUCGCUGCACUGUCUUCAAGGGGGAGAUGCUCCUGAAAGGGGAUUUUAGGGAUUGAGAUUAAGACUCUUCGCUGUUGUGCCAGGAAGCUGGGAGAGCACACGCCCCCUGGAAAGAUAAUCCCAUGACUGGGCAGCACACUCCCUAAUGCUGUCAGACACUGCUCUCUUCAAUACCAUCACGCACGCACACAAACACAAACACCGUCAAAACAUGCUCCUCCAAAAUCAGUGUAAAUGCAGCACCCUUGCAUGCACUCGACGACAAAUUAGAUGACAGCACACAGAAAUACUGUUACUCAUUAUGUUAGCAUCCCGUGCUCUGCAAGGAGUCCAGCAGAAAAUAGCAUCAAACCAAAUUAGGUUUCUAACUAGGUGUAGGUAAAGUGCAUCUUUUACAUGUGACUAAAGAUUGGAGCAAGAAUGAAAGCAUCAGAGUUUACGUACCACUCCAUCCAUUAAUGAUGGGAAGCUGACACUAUUGAUAGAAAUGUAAUUUGCACUUCUUUUGAAACUAAGACUGGUUCACACUUUUUAUCCUAUCUAAAUCUCAGUAUAACUUUAAACCAAACUUACUCAACAGACACCUCAUAAAUUAUUUGUUUUACUGCUGGAGAGUGUUUCAUGGAUGUCCCUUAUCACUUUGUGUGCCCUAUAUUUUUCAUUAACAACGGUCAAUGACCUCCUGGAGGUUUUGCUCGACUUGUGGUGUCCUUGACCUUCUAUGCUUAUUUAGCAGCUGAUAAAGAAUUCCAAUGAACUGAAUAACGUUUGGAUAUAUCACUUUCAAUUUGCUUGAAUCAUUCAUGGACCUCUUUCAUUAAUAAAAAAACACGGGUGCUAUUUUUUUAGGUUCGGCCAUCAUUCCUAUCUGUUAUGAUGACAUAAAGAAUGUUCUGACAUAUUCGAACAUUGAUAUUAUCAUUAAACUGUAGCAGCCAGUCUAUCAGACCAGGCAAACACCAGCACAGUCAGACUAUUUAAACUACUUUAUUUGGAGAUAAAAUGUAAAUGAUGAGGAAAUGUAUAAUGUCACUGAUAUUCCCUGAUCACACUACGUCAGUAUUCAUUUUUAAUGAAUUGUGAGUUGAGGGCUGGUUUGAAAUGUUAUGGUCGUAAUAUCUGGUAUCUAUUAUCUCAUCAUAUUUUUUUUGUACCGAUGUCCAAGUUUUUCCAAAUUACAGCAAUUAAAGAAAUUGUAAUAUGGGAUCCACACCCAUUAACUUGACUCAGAGGUCACACUUUGGAUCAUUCAUACAAGAUUUAACCAGUAAAUGAGAGACAUUAAGAGAUUCUGGUGGUAUUAUCGGUCUUAUUCCCCAAAAUGUUGAGCUUUUUCUUUACCUCAUUAACUACAAUAUUAUCAUGACGAUGAUGAUUAUGGCUGAAUCUAUUCAAGACCAAAGAAAGACACUCUAAAGCACUGCGUGUUAGACUGUAAAGAACAGGAUGUAUGGCCAUCAUCAUCAACAGUUACCUCUAAUUUGAUGUAAAGUAUUUAUAUUUGAUGUGCUAAAUAGUGUCAUCAUUUACCUAUGGUUAGCAUUGAUGACACAAACAAAGCUCUGUUGUGGUUGUUCUUUGCUCAGAUAUUUUUAGAAGUUGUUAUAGAGGUCUGACAAAUUACUAAUGUAUUAUGUUACAUUCAAAACAGUUGUGAAGUGUCUGCUUCAGCAUCUCAAUGCACAUCUUAAUAAAAGUGUAUGUGUCUACUUUGGUGAAA